CAGCUAGCGCGGUGGGAGCCCUGGCGGUGGGGCCCGGCCGCCCAGCCGUCCAGCCGCCCAGCCGGGGUUGGGUCACCCCUUCGCGCCUUCACGUCUUCGCGGUCUUUGGUUGCCAGAAUUCAAAACGCACUCAGGACCGUUGACGGCGCGGUCAGCCGGGUUCACGAGAUUCAGGGAAAGCUGAAGCGGGGUCCCGCUGAGCCCACCCCUUGCGCCCCGGGCCGAGCGUGCUCCGCAAACUCACCCACGUUUGAGCCUCGCGGCUGUCCGUACCUAACCCGCAGCUGAACACGUUCCCGCGCUUUCCAGCCAAAGGGGGCAGAGGGCGCCGCGCAGGCGCAGAAGUGAGCAGGCGCAGAAGCGAGCAGGAGCGGCCAUGGGCGAGUCCAGCAGCGCUGAGGAGGCCUGCCGGCACGUGGGGACUAAAGAAGAAUUUGUUAAAGUCAGAAAGAAGGACUUGGAACGGCUGACAACUGAAGUGAUGCAAAUACGAGACUUCUUACCCAGGAUACUAAAUGGGGAGGUACUGGAAAGCUUCCAGAAAUUAAAGAUUGUAGAAAAAAACCUGGAAAGGAAAGAGCAAGAAUUAGAGCAGCUGAGAAUGGAUUGCGAACACUUUAAGGCCCGCCUGGAAACUGUGCAAGCAGAUAGCAUGAGGGAGAAGAAGGAGAAACUGGCUCUUCGACAACAGCUGAAUGAGGCAAAGCAGCAGUUGCUGCAGCAAGCUGAGUAUUGCACAGAAAUGGGGGCAGCAGCUUGCACCCUCCUGUGGGGUGUCUCCAGCAGCGAAGAGGUUGUCAAAUCCAUCCUGGGAGGAGAUAAAGCCCUCAAGUUUUUCAACAUCACUGGUCAGACAAUGGAGAGUUUUGUGAAGUCCCUUGAUGGGGAUGUCAAGGAGCUUGAUUCCGAUGAGAAUCAAUUUGUUUUUGCUUUGGCUGGGAUUGUAACAAACGUGGCUGCCAUUGCCUGUGGCCGUGAAUUCUUGGUGAACUCAAACCGGGUGCUCUUGGACACCAUACUGCAGCUUCUGGGGGACCUGAAGCCAGGACAGUGCACCAGACUUAAAGUGCUAAUGCUGAUGUCCUUGUACAAUGUGAGCAUCAAUCUGAAAGGCCUAAAGUACAUUAGCGAGAGCCCAGGAUUCAUCCCUUUGCUGUGGUGGCUCCUUGGUGACCCAGAUGCAGAAGUGUGUCUCCAUGUGUUGCGUCUGGUCCAGUCUGUGGUUCUAGAACCAGAAGUCUUCUCCAAGGCAGCCUCCGAGUUCCGGAGUUCCCUGCCUCUGCAGCGCAUCCUGGCAAUGUCAAAGAGCCGCAACCCGCACCUCCAGAGCGUGGCCCAGGAGCUCCUGGAAGACCUGCGAGUUCUGGAGCAUGAUGCAUAGGGGUGCUUGCUUGUCCACAGAGGGUUUGGUAAAAAUGCCAGUGUUCCUUCCCUGCCCCCAUGCCCCUUACUUUGCGUUUUAAAAACUAUCACCGUGUGCCAUGAGUUGCGAAUGGCUAAAUGUGAUUGACUAGAGAUGGAUGUGAAUUGAGAUAUGUAUCCUACUUAGCUUCCUCUUAUAGGUGAAGUACUUGUAGAUGGUUGGUUAAUCUUUCCAAAGGUGAACCUGAAAAGACCCGUCCUUCCAGAAAGGUCUUCUGUACCUGGAAGCUCUAAGAGUGGUUUCUUGCUGCUUAAACUUUCUGUGACCUCUAGGUUCACCUGUAAAAAUGGGAGCUUAAAGAAUCAUCUACCCCACUGGUCAGCAUUUUCCUGAGGUACAUUUAUUUUGAAAAACAAUUCAUAAUUAUAAUUAAUUCCCCCAAAUGCAGGUUUACUUUUGGUAAACCUGCUAUUUCAGAUGACAUCUUAGUUCUAUAUUUUUGUGCCUCUUUUAUUUUUGAAUAAAGAAAGUCAGAAGCCUCAUUGAUGUGUUUACAACUAUUGUUUCCUGUAAUAUUAUAAACUUAGGGAAUUAUUUUCCUUUUGUAUAUUAUACAUACACAUGAUUGAAUCGGAAUCGACUCGAUGGCAGUGGGUUUGGUUUUUGGGUUUACACAUGGUUGCUAUAAAAACCUCUCCUUACAUUGUUCUGGUCCCUUUGGCUAUAAAAACUUAGAAGUUUGGUUUUUCUUACAGCAAGUAUCAUAAAAACAGCAUCAUAGAUUUGAACACAUAUAAUUGUUUGAAAUUCUGUAAAUGAUCAUCAUUUCUCUGUUCUGUACAUGGGUGUCUUAGUUAUCUAGUGCUGCUAUAACGGAAAUACCACAAGUGGAUGGCUUUAACAAAGAGAAGUGUAUUUUCUCGUAGUAAAAGUAGGCUAAAAAUCCAAAUUCAGGGCAUCAGCUCCAGGGGAAAGACAUUCUCUCUCUGUUGGCCUUCUCAUCAGUGUUCCCGUGGACAAGGAGCUUCUUCACACAGGGACCCUGGGCCCAAAGGACACACUCUGCUCCCAGUGUUUCUUUCUUGGUGGUAUGAGGUCCCCCUGUAUCUCUGCUGGCUUCUCUCUUUUAUAUCUCAAGAGAUAACCUCAAGACACAAUCCAAUCUUGUAGGUUGAGUCCUGGCUCCUGAACACAAUUGCUGCCCCUCCUCCCUCAUUAACAUCAUAGAAGCAUGAUUUACAACAUACAGGAAAAUCACACAAUACUGGGAAUCAUGGCCCAGCCCAGUUGAUACACAGUUUUUGGGGGACAUAAUUUUAUCCAUGACAAUGGGUAUGUCUGUAUACCAGGGCCCCCCACCCAUGUGUAGCUGCCUCAUCUGCUUGUCAGGACAUCUAGCUUGUGAUGUAGGCCACUAGCCGAAAACAAAGGAGAAUGCACUUGCUUCUCUCAGAAACCAUGACGUGUGAGAGUGAAAGCUGCCAUUUCAGUUAGUCCUUAAAGUCACAUCAGGCAGCAUGUUCCCUACUUCAUUCUGUUGCUGCUGCCCCCAUAUGACUCUGUAGGACUGUAAGAGCGAGGCAUGUGCGGGCAUCACCUUCCACAGGCAGUCCGAGGUACACUGAGAGGCUGUCUCUGCUGUGUGUGUUGUGUUUUAAAAUAACUUCACUUUUCUUUUUAGUAGGUUUUUAUGGCCAAUGUGCAGUGUGGGGCUGAGGCUGAAUGGAGGAGCGAGAGGAAGGCACAGUUGCUUGAAUUUCACAAACCAACAUAUUGUGCAGCAUUAGCUCUUUGGUGCCAGGGAAAUGUUGUAAAAGGCAAUUUAAAAUUCAUGGAAGCAGAAAUUUGUCCAUCUGUGCUGUGUGGCUGUGUAGGUCCUGAUUAUUGGUGAAUAAAACAGAGGAUGCUGUGUUUUUGUACUUAUUCUAGCAUGGUAUCAUUUUCUUUUUGGUUGUUACUCGUUUGUUAAGGUAAGGUGAUAAACUGGUGUAAUUGGUUUUUGCCCCCUCUAGAACUGCAGGGUUUUUUCCUGCCAGAGAUGGAUGGGGUCAGUAGGGUAUAGAGAGAAAACUGGACCAGACUCUUGAGUGUUGCACAGUUUAGCUAAUUAGUAGGUGGCAUUUUUUUUUUUUUUUUAUGAUUAAGAAGGAUGUCUUUCCUCCUGAUUUUAAGGUGCUAAAGGUAAGGUAAGGAGAGUUCUUAUUAAAGCUCCAUCAGGAAGAAACAGCUGACAGGUACAUGCUCUGUGUAUCACAGAAAAGGCGCUGAAGGCCAAUUUGAAGGAGUAAAUAGCUUCUCUGAUAUUGCAGCUCUUCAUAUGAAGGUUAAGAGAAAAGCAUAGAUUCUUUCAUUUUCCUGUAUCUAACAAU